UCAACUAUUGAUCUUCCAUGAAUCCGUUUCUUUGGUCGUCUCUGUUCAAUUAAUUUCCUGUUUGGGUGGUUUUUCUCUAGUCUUUUGUAGCGCUCAUUCAUCUCCACUACUGCUGCCUCUCUCCGCAAGUCCAAGGGUUCCAGGUUCGUGUGGAUUUCACAAGCUGCAGUUGGAGUGGAUCUCAAAGCUCCGGAGAUAAAUCGUACAGCUUGAUUUUGAAUUUUGUCAAGAGACCUCUGAGUUGGUUUGCUGCAGAUUGUCUGUAAGGUUAGGUUAUAUUCCAUGGCUGAGCGUACAUAGCCAACAUAUAGCUGUCUGAGUGCAUCCUUGUCCGCUCCCCAUGAAGUGCUAGCCAGUCGUCUGAGAAGGUUAAGUCUCUUGUUGGCCUUCGUCUUCAGGUUCCAGAUAUGGUUUUUGCAUGAGAACUGUCUGUCCAGCUCGAUCCCAAGGUAGGUCGGGUUUUCAACGUUUUCUAGUUUGUUUCCUGCAAGUGAGAUGGUGAGAUUAUCUCUACCUACGAGAUGCUAUUUCUUCACGAAGUAAAGUAAUACGAUUUAGUGACAAUUGUUGUGUUACGUUUUGUUUUGUUUUGUUAUAUUCUUUUUUCUCUUUUGUAGCUGGGACAUCUUCCUGUCUUCGAGAUGUGAUUUUUUCAUGAAGUUUAGUAAUACGGUUUUGUGACAAUUGUUUUGGGUUUGCUUUUUGGGGGGUUAAGCUUUAUUCUUUUUUUGUAUUUUGUAGGACAUCUUCGGCUGCAACCACCAUUGCCGCCAACUCCUUGGUCUGGAACAAAAGACGCCAUGGAAUUUGGAAACGAAUGCUGGCAACGAAUAAGAAAUACAAGUGUAUUAUCAAGAAGUGAAGACUGUUUGUACCUCAACGUGUUUACCACAGUUCCUAAAGCAUCCAGCUCACCACAGCCUGUUAUGGUGUGGAUACACGGAGGGGGCUACACGGCAGGAGCAGCUUCCCAAUAUGACGUGAUUUCUCUCUCGACUAAAGGAGUUGUAGUAGUUUCAAUAAACUACAGACUCAAUGUUUUCGGAUUCUUGUCAACGGAAGAUGACGUUAUGCCUGGAAAUUACGGGAUGCUCGAUCAGAUUGCUGCUCUAAAAUGGGUUCGGAAAAAUAUUGCUGGUUUUGGAGGUGACCCAAAUUUGAUAACUAUUUUCGGAGAACGAGCAGGUAGUGGAAGUGUGUCUUUACUCACUCUCUCACCUCUAGCUAAAGGGUUGUUCCAAAGAGCGAUCAUGGAGAGUGGUGUUUCCAUAAGCCCCUGGGGUAUUCAACAUGCGGGAAAUCGGGUCUCGGCAAGGACUAUGUCCAGACUGAUUGGAGCAGCUGUCGAGUGCAGCGAUUUGGACGACUCAUCUAAACUUUUAUCCUGCCUGCAAGGAGUGGACGCAAACAGGUUGUUCAGAGUGUAUGACCGCGUGAACAGAGCAGUGGAUGCUGGGAUGACAAUGUGUCCCAGAGUUGAAACAACUUUUGGCUUUUUGCCGGACCUGCCCAUCACAUUACUCUCCCGAGGUCAGUUCAACGAUGUCAACACAAUUCGAGGCUUCAAUUCGGAUGAAAGGAGUAGUGUUGCUGUUCCAUUCUCAGCAGCACCUGCUCGCUCUGCAGAACAAAUUGUUGACAAAACCAUUCACGCAUGGCUAAAACAGUUUUCUGAACUAGAUCAAGCUACACUAUUCGAAUUGGUGAAAUCCGAAUACAUCACAGACACAUCAAGCGAAAAGAACAUGCUAAAUGGGGCACUGAAUGCUCAAAAUGACAUUGUCUUUGUUGCGUCGACUUUAACUGAAAUCAACAAAGUUACACAAACAGCAUCAAACGGCCCAAAGCAUUACCUAUAUGAAUACAGUCAUGAGUCAAGUUUUAGCCCAAAUCCUCAAUGGAAUUCUGCCACCCAUGGAGGGGAGGUUGCCUUUGUACUGGACGUACAGAGAGGCCAGCCUUAUUCUGCAGGUAUCAUCCCUACUUCCGAAGACAUCUUGGUUUCCCAGCAAAUGAUCGAAAUGUGGACCAAUUUUGCCAAAACCGGUAACCCAACAUCCAGUGUCCCCAUAGGUGGCGCUAUGUGGAGUCCGUACAGUCCAGAAACGCCAAACUAUCUGUUUAUCACGUCACAGACAAAGCAGAAAAUGUGGCAAAGACCAAGAGUAGUUGAUUUUUAUUGGGCAGUUCUUCAGAAAUUGGACGGAUCUGCACCAAGUGCACCUGCUGAUUCAAUCAUUCGUUAAAUCCAUUUUUAGACCAGUUUUAUAGCUUGUUGCCUUAUCAAGAAUAAUUUUGUAUUUUCUGCUCUAUGCCAAUUAAGAAUGAUACAACUAAAUAAAUUAACAGAUCACAUCGCAUAAUGCCUAACACAAUUCGUCCACGGCUUGCAACACACAGAUAUUCCCCGCUUGAACGGUACACAUUCGUCUCUCUCUAACUCUAAAGUACAGAAGUUAAAUUCUGUCACAGUCUUCCCUUGCUAAAAACCGGAGUGGCGGAGAUGGGACGGGUGGGGAGCACCCUUAGAAAAUUUGACUCCGUUUUUAGUGUUCAUUUGAAUGGAAGUCAGUCGUUUCGAAUAGUGUGAACGAUUGCAAAGUUAGCGAUUUAAAAAAUAUUUUUAGUUGUAGUUGUAGUAGAAUUUUUACGGCGCUCGCAACUGCAUAAGGU